CCUGCUCUAGCCGUCACCUCACAUGUCGAGGAAGCGGAUGACCUCUUACAAUGCAUACCACUGGGCACGCCACUGGGCUUGGAUGCAGAGUGGAAAGUCAAUUUUGGCUCGGGUGUGAUUAGCAAGACUGCUUUGCUGCAGAUCUGCAGCCCGACCCUAAUCGUCAUCAUUCAAUGUCGUCGUAUGAAGAACCUGCCCCGCCGCCUCGUCGAGCUCUUGCAAGACCCUGGCACAAUUAAGACUGGCGUCGCCGUGGUGGCAGACUGCAGAAGACUACAGAGGGAUUUCAAGGUGACAGCACAGGGCAUCUUAGAGCUGGGCUCACUGGCAAAGUCGGUCGAUGCGGAGCGUUGGAGCAGCAACAAUGGCCUCAUUGGUCUGUCUACACUGUGCCGGAUCUAUCUCGACCGCAGGUUGGUCAAGGGUCCGGUACGGACCAGUGACUGGGAGGGUCCGCUUUCGAAGCAACAAAUAGAUUACGCUGCUAGUGAUGCUUUUGUCGCAUUGGAAAUUUUAGGAAAGUUGUGCUCCCUGACUUCGCAGUCA